CAGCCCCAAACUACAAAUCUAGUUCCGGAUAAAGGACCCGCCCUGUUAACCCCCUGCUUCCAUGGUUCCAAAUGUCAGUCCUGGUCCUUUCAGGCCCACUACUCAGCACACAAGUCCUGGAACUCCGCGCUAAAACCUUCAGAACGCCCAUCCCUGUGACUAACUCAUUUUAGAGUAUCCAUCCCGCCCCCAUUCUUGACCUUCCGGCACUUGCAUGCCAUAGACCCCAAAAUGAUUUCUCCGUGCUCUCCUCCGGUAGAGCCCCCAGCCUCUCCACAAACCCCUGUUCCCCAAGCCCCCAUCACUCCACUUCCUCUACCCCCAAAUGUCCCCAAUGUAGCUUUUUCACCCCCCUCAAGUCUCCAGGCCCCUAUCCCCCCACCACCACCCCCACUGCCACCUCCACCCUCUGUGAGGGGACUGGCUCCCCCUCACGUCUUCGGUCUAGAGAAGAGUCAGCUCCUGAAGGAGGCCUUAGAGAAGGCCGGCCCAGUCCCCAGGAGCAGAGAUGACGUGAAGAGGCUCCUGAAGCUGCACAAGGACCGUUUCAGAAGUGACUUGCAAUGGAUCCUCUUCUGUGCCGACCUGCCCUCCCUCAUCCAGGAAGGCCCUCAGUGCGGGCUGGUGGCCUUGUGGAUGGCAGGCACACUGCUGGCACCGCCCAGCGGCAUCCCCCUGGAGAGACUUGAGCAGAUGGCCGUGGAGAGAGGCUACACGGCCCAGGGAGAGAUGUUCUCCGUGGCCGACAUGGGCAAGCUGGCCCGGGAGGCACUGGGCUGCCAGGCUGAGCAGCUCCAUGGUGGCCUGGGCGGCCCCAACAGAGCCCGUGUCCUGCAGCACCUUGUCUCCGGACACCCCCUGCUCAUCCCCUAUGACGAGGACUUCAACCACGAGCCGUGUCAGAGGAGGGGCCACAAGGCCCACUGGGCGGUGAGCACAGGGGUCCUGCUGGGUGUGCGGGCCGUGCCAAGCCUCGGCUACUCUGAGGACCCCGAGCUGCCAGGUCUGUUCCACCCAGUGCCCAACAUGCCCCGCCAGCCACCAGCCCUGCCAGAGGAAGGCUCCCCAGGAGCCGUCUACCUUCUCUCCAAGCAGGGCAAGAGUUGGCAUUACCAGCUGUGGGACUACGACCAGGUCCGGGACAGCAAUCUACAGCUGACGGACUUCUCGCCGUCGCGGGCCGCCGAUGGCCAGGUAUACGUGGUGCCUGCAGGCGGGGUGCGGGCCGGCCUCUGUGGCCAGGCCCUGCUCCUCAGAUCAGGGGACUCCAGCCACUAGCCUGCUGCAGCCC